ACACAAAUAUUUCAUUAGCACGUAUUUACAUUGAUAUAAAAUUUAGACGUUUUGGCUUCCGUAGAUGUGUUGCUUGGGGGAAUUAUUAUUGUUGCGUACCUCUGUAAGGACGAAAGCAAUUAAACCCAGUUCUGCAAGUUUUUUAUUUUAUUUGCCGCCAUCUGAUUUUUUAUUUUGUUAACUAUUUUUAUGGUUUAGAUAUGAUCUAACCAUGUACAUUUUAGUCAAGGCCAUACAAGUGGGAUUGAUCUAUUGAUGUGUUGUAUUGCCAUUGCAAUUGAAGAGAUGCCCGGAUAAAAACAAAAACACUUUGUAUAAUAAGCUGAAGUUAAAGCUGUGCUGUGGACCGACUAAAGGGAAGCAUGUAUGAAUUGUAACUGAGAAAAUUACGAAUAUCCACUAUCUCGCCAAAUCUUAGUUAAUUUUACCGGAUAGUAAAUAAUGGCUCAAGUCCCUGGUAUGGAGACUUCUGCAAUCUCCGUGCUAAAACGGGCAGUGGAGCUGGACCAGACCUCGCGCUUCCAGGAGUCGCUAGUGUGCUACCAGGAGGGGAUCCAGCUGCUGAUGGACGUGCUUAAAGCUGUCAAGGAUGAUUCAAAGAAAGUCCACUACAGACAGAAAAUAAAGGGAUACAUGGAGCGAGCAGAACAGAUCAAAGUUCAUGUGAACCAACUAAAAGAAGAGGGGAAGUACCAUGAGCAGAUCAGGAUAGCAGAGGAUGCUACAGGCUACAGCUACGAGUCUCUGUUCAGGCCCUACAUCACUGGGAGCCUCACUGAGGUUUGGGUAGAGGACCCUUACAUACGACAUGUUCAUCAGUUGUAUAACUUCCUGAGGUUCUGUGAGAUGUUGCUGAAGGCCAGCUGUAAGGUGAAGAGGAUUCACCUCCUGACCUCUCAGGAUGAGGCAGACAAUUCCUCCCAGCAGACCAAUGCCCUGUCAGAGCUCCAUCAGAGUCUCCAGAGCCAGGGGGUGGGCCUGGACAUCCACUACUCCACUUUUCACGACAGGGAGAUCAGAUUGGACAACGGUUGGAUCAUCAAGAUAGGAAGAGGACUGGAUUACUUCAAGAAACCGAAGGGUCGGUUCUCAAUCGGCUACUGUGACUAUGACCUGAGGCAGUGCCAGGAAACCACAGUGGAUAUCUUCCACAGCAAACACACCAAAACACAAUAAAACCGUCUCUAUACACCCCAGUGACCAUGCCAGCCCAGUGUAAUGCUUAAUACUUUGCUCCAUUUUGAGAGAUAGGUGUGGACAAGCACAUUGGAGCAGAGACGCUGGUCCCCUCUCCCCUUGUGUGUGCCUAUAAAAUACGUAACUCGACAAUAUCGUAUGUAACUGCUUACAUGUUUCUUUAGACUACAUGAUCAAUCGUCUUUGGGUGUUCCUUGCUAUAGCCAAGUACAUUCUUAAAUUAUUUGGACCUGAAUGGAGGAUCCUAAAGAUCGUUGGGUCUUUUCUUAAUAUUUUCUUUACGUGUAUUUUUUUAAAUUAA